AUGUCCAGNAACAACUGGAACACUUUUGCAUGCGACGUUUCCGAAGACUUGCUUCUUGGAACAUCUAGAAUCAUAAUCGACACCGGAAUUCGCGACUUAGGCUACAACUACGUGGUACUGGACGACUGCUGGAGCGAGAAGCGUGGUAAAGAUGGAUACCUUGUUGUCGACAAGUCAAAGUUCCCCAACGGGAUGAAGACUGUUGCCGACGGUCUGCACAAGGAAGGCUUGCUCUUCGGCAUGUACUCAUCAGCAGGAGAGUACACCUGCGCAAGAUAUCGUGAGCACAUCUGGCAUCGCGCCUGGGAGUUCCAAGCUGAUAUCUUCCACNNAGCCGGAUCGCUCGACUUUGAGGAACAAGACGCCGAAAGUUUUGCUUCAUGGGGCGUGGACUACCUCAAGUAUGACAACUGCUACCACAUGGGCCGUAUGGGUACACCCCUGAUCUCCUUCAACCGCUACAAUGAGAUGGCCAAGGCUUUGAAGAAGACCGGCAGAUCGAUCUUGUACAGUUUGUGCAGCUGGGGAGAAGACUUUGUUCACACUGUAAGUCAAGCUGAAGAUGUGGGGAGGAUAGCAACACAAGCUAACAUGCUCCUGAUANNGUGGGGUGGUUCUAUCGCGAAUUCCUGGCGCGUGUCUGGCGACAUUUACGACUCAUUCGCUCGUCCCGAUGAGCUGUGUGGAUGUGGCGCUUCUACAGAUCCUCAUUGCAUUGCGCCGGGCACCCACUGUUCGGUACUUGCAAUUCUGAACAAAGUCGCACCAUACAUUGAUCGCGGUAUGCCUGGCGCUUGGAAUGACUUGGACAUGCUCGAGGUCGGGCUUGGUGGCAUGACAGAUGAGGAGUACAAAGCUCACUUCUCCAUGUGGGCUGCUUUGAGAUCACCCAUGCUCCUCGGAAACGAUCUUCGUGUUAUGUCACCCAGGACACUGUCCAUCAUCAACAACCCUGCCAUCAUAGCAAUCUCGCAAGAUCCCCGUGGUCGUCCAAUUCAUCGGGUUUCUCGCAAUACAACCGUCGCUAAAGACCAAUUCGGAAUUGGCGAAACUCAUGUNCUGAGUGGACCCCUCGCCAAUGGCGAUCAGGUCGUUAUCCUGCUCAAUGCUGCCCAUGAAGCUGUAGACAUGGAGGUUUCACUAGAAGAGAUCUUUGUUUCUGAGGGUGUUGGUGGCACGGCACCUCAAUUGGCUCAAGAAUGGCACAUUCACGAUCUCUGGGCCAAUCGUAUGGACGACAGCGAUGCUAAAGCUAUUCUGGAUGUCUCGAACGCUAAAGAGCGUGCAGCCAUCUUUGACAAGCUCGAAUGGUACAACUCUACCGCAACACCCUACGCCAAAGGUCUGGAAACCAACGACGUUCGCCUCUUUGGUACCAAGAUUGGCUCUGUCUCUCCCCAUGGCAAAAUUGCUACGCGUGUGGAAAGACAUGCCGCAAAGGUCUUCCGGCUGAGAAGCUCAGCUGGGAAGCAAGGACGCAAGUCAUUGCUGAAGCAGGAGCUGUGA